CACCCCUCGAGCAUCCUCCUCUCAGUUCCAAUCGCUCAUUUCACCUGUGACGUACGUACAUACGCUUCGUUCUGGGUUGGCCCAAAGGCGAUUGGCCGGGCACUCGCCCAUGGAAGUCUUCGAUUCUGGUGGGAUCUUCGAUGGAUUGAGGCGAGCGCAUGACCAAAACAAACCCACGAACAACACCGAAAUGUUUCCAAGACACUCUCAGUUGCGAAUUGGUGUCAUUGGUGGAAGGAUUGCCCGUGCUAACCGAACCGAGGGUUUAAAGUGUUUUUCAAUUCCAAAUCAAGUGAAUCUUACGCGCGGAAAGUGAUUGACUCAUGGCACAUGAGGCUUUCAGCUGGAUUCAGAAAGAAAGCUAUGUGACCAGUGAAACACAUUAAUCAUGGGUUUCUUCCGAAUUGUUGCCUUUAUUAUUCUUGUUCAAGAUCGGACUUGGGCGGUUCGGAUUCGGGAUCUGAUUGUGCCCAAGAUUUUCGAAUUGGGCACCGACGAUCACAUUCUACUGGAUUGCGAUUUUGAGUACGAGGCGAGUGAGAAGUAUCAGUUGGAUAUCAAGUGGUACUUCAACAAUGAGCCAUCGCCUUUCAUCCAGUGGGUUCCCGGACAAAUGAGUCGGCCUCAAUUGAUAGACGAGAAAUUUCGAGGCCAUGUCAACCUCAACCACAGUGUGCAUGCGGAUGCAUUUAUGCGCCAUCGAGCUCUGCUCCUCACCAAUCCUACCCUGGAUCUUUCAGGCAUUUACACGUGCAAAGUGUCCACAUUUCUGGAUGAAGAUAUUCGUCAGAAGAAACUCACCAUUUAUGCUCCCGCUUCGUCCAUCAGUUUCCAACAAGACCGAUUCCGUUCGGGCAAAGAAGUGAAUAUUAGUUGUUCCGUUGAAGGAAUCUAUCCUCUACCUCAAAUCAAACUCACUUGGGGCCCUUAUCAAUUGGAUGAUAGCGAGGCCUCCGUCACUCCGCACGAGGAAGAGGGCACCUUCAAUGUCGUGGUGCAUCGCGUUAUCUCGCACGAUGAUCUGCCAUCGGAGACAUUAUUAGGCUGUGAAUUAAGCAUCCCGGGCACAAAUUACCUCGUCAGAGAAGAGUCCCUGUACAGACACCGAGGAGGCCGCUUUUCGAAUCCCCUCUCUCAAGUGGGGCCAUCGUCCUCAUCAUCUUCGUCAUCUUCAGCUCCUUCAAUUUCGUCUGCCUCGUCCACGACGACUUGUUUUCCAGUCACCAAAGAAAAAUUCAUGUCCAAAAUGGUCUUCCUCUUUAUUGCUGCUUCAAUUCUACGCCAAAUCUAGAAGAAAUGGAACAAAAAAAGCAUCUGGACCACAGCGAGCAAAGCGAACCCAAACGAGCUCCCAAUGAAGAAAAAGUGAGACAGAAAGAACCAACGAAGAAGAGUGUGGGCCAAACUUGGCUAGUGUGUCUAAUUUGACAAUGGCGUUACAAGUGUCGUGGACAAACUUGGAAGGGAAGGUGUACUGGAUUUUAACAAUGACCAUAUUUGUGUUUAUGGCUAAUAGUGUUUACCAAUGUGGUGCAGUCUCAUGCACUAAGUCGAUCAAGAAAAGAGACUUGACAAACCGGACUGGCCACUACUCAUUUUUUCUCCCUUGGUUUCUGUGAGAAGUCUCGGGCGAGAUUAGAAGCUGAGAUGGACGCCGGAGAGUGAAAGAAACAAAGAACGAAAAAGAGAAAGAAAAAGAAGAACCUUGAUUAAUUUUGUUCCAUCCCUCGAGAUCUAUGUUGUACCUUCUAGUCAGUGUGAGUGGGGAGAGAUAAAUGAUAUGUUCACUUGAGUGCAGUGUGAUGAAACACCACAAAGUCGACAUCACAUAAUUAAUCAGUCGAUGAUUUUUCUACUCACUAUCGAUAAAUUCCAAAACUCCUUUGCCAUACAUAAUGUCACGUGAUUUUCCAAUAAAUACAUCUUUAUACAAACAUA